AUGAACGCCAUACUCAAGAUCUCGCUCAAUGAGUGGCAAGCGCCCCUGUCAGUUCAGCAUCCAUUCGUCGAUCAAGUCCGAGAAUCUGUGUUCAAGUAUCGCCUCCAAUCUGCGAAUCAUUUUGAUAUACCAAUUGAGGUAUGCCAAGCAAUUCACGAAGAUAAUCCUGAGCGCUUCGCCGAACCUAACCAGAACUUCAUGCUCUACGUCGGCUUCUAUAACUUCGGCAUCAGUCCAGUCCUGGCUGCUUGUCGGCCCAAGAUCCAGAAGCGCGGAAAAGAAUGGGUGUUCGGAGAAGAUGUGGAGGUCUACGUAAAAGAUAGAUUCGUAUCACUGCAAUGGUUCCUCGACAUCGAGUUCCCGACACGUGAUGAGCCAGUGGGCGACGCAGUCAUGUUCCAGUGGUGGAGUGCCAACAGCCAGAUCUUCAGCUGGAUGCGACUACCAACAGAGCUGAAAGAGCGGAUCAUCCAAUUCUGCAUGCAUCGCUCCCCACCGCCAACGAUGUCCAACAAAUCGAGAGCCAAAAAAUCUAAAGGCGCACCCGAAGUCACCGGGCAGUUCGACAAAUGGACUUCACUCCUCAGCGUCUCACACCAAGUCCGCGCAAUCUGUCUACGUUUGUGCUUUGUGGGAAGCAAAGAGAUGACCUAUAGCAAUGGACUUUGUAUUGUAGCCAGAGACUUCUAUAGCUUCAAGAGCUGUAUCCGCCGAUUGGGUAAGCACCGUCAGCUGAUCGAGCCAAACGGCGUUCCACACGAUGACAAGACUUGGGAGUUGGCGAAUCUGUACAAAUCGUUUCCAAGGAUAUACCCACAUCUCAGCCAAUAUGCCACUUUCUAUCAUGGUAUUCGCAAGAUGUACCUUGAAUUCUCCUUUCUGGACUCUCUACACUUCUUCAAGGUCACGACGGGAUCUUUUUCACAGCACUGGAAGCCGUAUCAUUUAGACUAUGAAGUCUUUGAGCGACUUCCAUAUCUGAAUGAGCUUAUCAUCAAAUUACCCGAUGCCAAAGGCCUUCUGGAAGACGACUACAGACAGCCAGUUAGGCUCUUCUAUGGCGAGCCUUUUAACUGCCCUCGAGUCCUGCAUCGACUCAUUUUUGAGAGAGCGGCUAAGGUGUUGGCUCCUUUGGAGAAAUUUAAGAUGCAUGGGUUCAUCGAUAACGAAGAGGAGAGACGAUUCAUCGAGUUCCUUGCAUGUGCUAAAAGAGGUCUGAAGAUAACUAUCAAGGAGCUUGAAGAGCUAUACAGGGAAGACGUGGGAGGCGUAGAGCUAAGAGAGAGUGUUGGACCCGGUGUUGAAAGAGAAGACGUGGGUGUAGAGGAGCGAGAGAUCAUUCAAGACGACUUCUGGCCACCUAAGUGUCGAUGCGAGGUGCUAUGCAGAAAGGUCGUGCAUCCGAGCUCUAUGUAA